AUGCUCUUCAAAUACCUCCUCCCUGGGCUGCUAGCUACUUCUGCUGUAGCUGCGCCAGUUGCAGACAUCGACGAAACUGAGGGUACCCUCGUGCUCUUCAAGCGCGACGAUGUCCUCGAUGCUCGUGAUCUUGAGCUCGCCGACAUCCAUGGGGUGAAUACAACCGAGAUGUACAAGCACUCCAUGGUCAAGCGUGAUGAUGGAGAUCAUGUCGUUGUUUGGGUUGCCCGUGACUUUGUUGAGGAUCGCAACGUGGCCGACGAUAGACAGGGCUUUAGUAAACGCCAGGGUGCCCGCCCCGGCGAUAAAAGUGGCUUCGGCGCUGAUACGGCUUCCGACUACUGCCGUGAUCACAAAAGGCAGGACCACACAGGACCGAACGGACCUUACUCUGGCGGUGUACAAGCCAUGUAUCGAUGGGCUCGCGGCCACCCUGGUGGCAGUUGGCCUCUCGGAUCUAGCUGGAAGAACCUCGUCCUCGCUGGCUCAAACAAGGGCGCUAACGCUAUCUACAAGGCAAAGAUGGUUAGUGGUGGCGAUACGUGGAUUGGCACUCAGGAUGUGCGAAACGAUGCGGACUGGACACAGAAAAGGGCUCGUGAAUUCAGUGGCCGCGGAUGGAGGGCGUCUUCAAAGGGAGGGGAGACUUGUGUCUUGUGGUCGCGCAUCAACUACGAAAUCGUCAGGACUGACUAUCGCUACUAA